AGACACUCGUUGUCUCUGACUGACACCAAACAGAUCGACUGCAGCUGGACAUUCAAAGCUAAAAAUGAGCAGAAACUACUUGUCCAACAACGAAGAGCUCCGCAGGGGAGAUUAUCUGUUGUCCAACAACGGAGAAUGGAAGGCAGUUUUCCAGAAUGAUGGAAACUUUGUCAUCUACGGCUGGCAACCGACCUGGUCCUCUGACACCUACCAAUCUGAUGUGGUCCGCCUGAUCAUGCAGGCAGAUCGCAACCUGGUGAUGUACAACGACGACAACAAGCCUAGAUGGCACACCGGCACCUACCUGAAGGAUUCUCAUGUUGGCCGUGUUCAGCUGACUGAUGACGGCAAACUGUUGGUGUACAGCGCCGCCAAGUUAAUCUGGAGCUCUGCCGAUUCUAAAGGCAUGAGGGUGUAGCAUUAAAAAUCUCACUAGUUUGAGUUCUCUGCAUUUAAAAUUACUCUUUCAAAGGAUCUUCUAGUGUUAGCUUAGCUGCUUGGUCCAAAAUGGUAAGAGACAACAUGUCAAAUCCAAUGCAGAAAUAUAAUAAACAUAUUUUCCUUCUUGUGUGUUGUCUAAAAUA